UUGUUUCUGUUUUGAAACUAGAAAAACAAGUUUUCUGAUCAUCGUGGGAGGUGUUGCAGCCAGUCCUGUGCCACUUCUCUUCAGGAAGCCACGAGGGCUUAGGGCUGGGGAGUGUAAUUCUUAAGGAAACUGUCCACCAUGGAUGAGGAUAUCAGCCUGAAGUUUCAUCAGCAGCUUCUUGACAUUGAUGAGAACCUGGGAACUGAAGAAGUGGCAGCUUUGAAAUUUCUCUGUAGUGACUUUAUCUCCUUCAGAAAGCUGGAAACUGUGGAAACUGCAAAGGAUAUUUUCCAGCACCUCAUGACUAAAGAUUUCCUGAGUAAGGGAGAUACUUUUCUAAUAGCAGAACUGCUGUAUAGGAUUAGGUAUCACUUCUUGCUCCAGAAGCUUGGCUAUACCAAGGAGAAAGUGCAAGAAAAUCUACACCAGAGGGGCAGGGUGUCCCCUUACAGGCAGAUGCUGUAUGAACUAUCAGAGGACAUCACCAGUGAAGAUUUAAGGAGUGUCAUGUUUCUCCUGCGGGACCAACUCCCAAAGAAGCAGACAAAUAUGUCUACUCUAGAGCUGCUGACCUUAUUGGAAAAACAAGGCCUUUUAUCAGACAACAACCUGCAGAUACUGGAGAAAAUCUGCAAGAACAUUUCAUGUGAUCUCCUGGAAAAAAUAAACAAAUACAAAAGGGAAAGAGUUUCUGAACCUCAGCAGGAAAAUUUUCCGACAGUCAAACAAUCUGCAUCAUGGCCCAGCCUUAAUUCUGAAGGCUUGUUUCGUGCUGGAGAUGGCAGCAGACAGAUGACUAAUACCAUAUCUCUGAGUUCUAACAUUAAUGACUCUUACGCUGAGGAGACUGGGAGCUUGCGAGAACAUGUUGGGAAUGUUUGCUCCAUAACUGGCAGGCAAGAUGACAAAGCAGUAAAUAUUACACAAGGCAUCUCUAACCUGAACUUGGAAGACCCCACAAGAAUCUGCAACUUGGAAAAUAAAACAGAGAAGCUGAUGAUGACCUAUAACAUGGAUGGACUACAUAGAGGAUAUUGCGUCAUUAUUAAUAAUUCUGUUUUUUCUGGGACUCUGACAGAGAGAAAAGGCUCUGGUAAAGAUGCUGAGGAACUAAAGCGAGUUUUUACAUGGCUUGGCUUGGAUGUGAAAAUGUACAAGGAUCAGACUUCAGAACAAAUGAAAGCACUCAUGGAGGAAUGGAAGCUCUCAAAUGAUCACAAGAGCAGGGACUGUUUUAUUUGCUGCAUUCUAUCUCACGGAGAGUCGGGAAUAAUCUAUGGGACAGAUGAGUUAAAAGUACCGAUCCGCACAAUCACAUCUUACUUCACAGCUAGCCAAUGUCCACAACUGGCUGAAAAACCAAAAUUGUUUUUUAUCCAAGCCUGUCAGGGUAAACAGAUCCAACGUGCUGUCUACCUUGAAGCAGAUGCACAAAAUCCUGACUUGCUUCCUGCACAACAGACAGUCUCCCCCUCUGAAAGCAUUCCAGAAGAAGCUGAUUUCCUCCUUGGCAUGGCGACAGUUGAUGGUUAUGCCUCUUUCCGGCAUAUACAGCAGGGUACUUGGUACAUUCAAGCCCUCUGCAGUAAGUUGCAGCAAUUGGUGCCAAGGGGUGAAGAUAUCUUGUCCAUUCUUACAGAAGUCAAUGAAGAUGUGAGCAAACGUGCAGACAACUUUGGAACAAAGAAGCAAAUGCCCCAGCCAGCCUACACCUUGAGAAAGAAACUGAUAUUCCCAGUACCUAAAAAUCCUCCCCCAUCACAGCAGUAAUAAAGUUUUCCUUUUCUUUUACAAUCA